CAGUUCAGCUCACCUGUGCGCCAUCCAUAUUCGGGUAAUAUAGCAAGGUCCUUACACACAUGAGUGUGACGGACUGGUGAGUUGCAACGCGGUCGGAAGAGUCCAACUGUGAUGACCGACAAGGCCGCUCAACAGCUCAUCAAACUCAACCGCCGUCUCGCAGAGCUCGCCCGCUCGCGCCAUUUCUCCGAUUUGUUCCAACUAUUCCGCCAAAUCCACUCUUCCCACCGCCUCAGGCCCGACCACUACACCCUCUCCACGGCCCUAGCCGCCUCCGCAUACCACUGCAGUGUCAUUGCCGGAGCUCAGCUCCACGGCCACGCCAUCAAGGCGGGACUCAAAGACUAUCCACAUGUGGCCAACACGCUGCUUUCCCUCUACGGGAAAUCGGAAGACUUAUCUUCGGUGAAGAGGGUCUUUGAUGAAAUUAAAAACCCAGAUGUUUAUUCUUGCACUACGUUGUUGUCGGCCUGUGCGAAGCUUGGUGAUGUUGGGUAUGCUUGCGGAGUGUUUGCAGAAAUGCCUCAGAGGAAUGUCGCGGUGUGGAAUGCGAUGAUCACGGGAUGUGCCGAGAAUGGGUACGCGGGGAUUGCCUUAGAUUUCUUUCGGAGAAUGCACUGCUUGGGUGUUGGCCAUGAUAAUUACACCUUUGCUAGUAUAUUGAGCUCGUGCAAUCCAGAGUUGCUGGAUUUUGGGAGGCUGGUGCAUGCGUUGGUGAUUAAAACCGGGUUUUUGAUUAGAGCUUCCGUGAUCAAUGCAAUGCUUACAAUGUACUUCAGCUGUGGCAAGGUUGCUGAUGCCUAUGAAGUAUUUCAUGAAGCAGAGGGUGCAGUGCACGAUCAGAUUACGUAUAACGCGAUGAUUGCUGGUCUAGUAAGUGUGGGAAGAGAUGAAGAGGCAUUGAUUAUGUUCAAAGAGAUGCAGGAUUUUUGUCUAACACCUACUGAACUGACUUUUGUUAGUGUUAUGAGUUCUUGUUCACAUGCUAGAAUUGGCCACCAGAUACAUGCCCAUGCUUUUAAGCUGGGUUUGGAAGCGUGUACAUCUGUGAGUAAUGCAGCUAUGGCUAUGUAUUCUAGUUGCGGAGAUAUACAUGCAGCUUGCACUGUGUUUGAAAAAUUGGAGGAAAAGGAUCGUGUCUCCUGGAAUACCAUGAUAUCUAGCCAUGCUCAGGUGAAUUUAGGAGGAGCUGCAAUUUUGACCUAUCUGGAGAUGCAGACGGAAAGAAUUGAACCAGAUGAAUUUACCAUUGGAAGUCUACUAGCAAGCUCGGAGUUGUUAGAGAAUGUUGAGACGAUUCAAGCACUAGUUACAAAAAAUGGGCUUAGCUUUAAAAUCCAAGUUUCAAAUGCUUUAGUUUCCGCCCUCUCUAAGCAUGGUAACAUAAAGCAAGCCUAUGAAAUUUUUCACGACAUGCCUUCCAGAAAUUUAAUCUCAUGGAAUACAAUUAUUUUGGGGUUUCACUCAAAUGGUUUUCCUCUGCAAGGCCUAGAACAAUUCUCUGCGCUGCUGUAUUCAACAAUGAGACCAAAUGCUUAUACUCUAAGCAUUGUUCUGAAUGUAUGUGCCACUAUUUCGUCACUGAGACAUGGGAAACAAGUCCAUGGCUACAUUCUCAGACAAGGGCUUUUUUCAGAGACAUUGUUAGGUAAUUGCCUCAUUGCAAUGUAUGCAAAAGGUGGGAACCUAGACUUGUCUUUGAGUGCGUUCAAUAUGAUUGUUGACAAGGACACAGUCUCUUGGAAUUCCUUGAUAUCUGCUUAUGCACAGCAUGGAGCAGGAAAGAGAGCUGUGAGUUGCUUUGAGGUGAUGCAAGGGUCAGGUGGUGUCAAACCAGAUCAGGCCACCUUCACAACAGUCCUUUCGGCUUGCAAUCAUGCAGGUUUAGUUGAGGAGGGUACUCGGAUUUUUAACUCUAUGGUGAAGAGUUAUGGUUUUGAACCGGGAGUGGAUCAAUAUUCAUGCAUUGUUGAUCUUCUAGGUAGAGCUGGAUAUCUUGAUGAGGCAGAAAGACUCGUAAGGAGCAAACACAUUGAAGUGGAUUCCAGCACCUGGUGGACAUUAUUCAGUUCUUGUGCAGCUCAUGGAAACAUAAGAUUAGGAAGAAUUGUUGCUGGAAUUCUUCUUGACAAUGAAGAAAAUGAUCCAGCUGUUUAUGUUCAACUGUCAAAUAUCUAUGCAACCGCAGGGCAGUGGGAAGAAGCGGAAAAUGCGAGGGAAUUGAUGAAGAGACAUGGGGUGAUGAAGCAGGCAGGAUGCAGUUGGAUUGGAUUGUGAGGAUCCCAUAUGCACACAAGCUUUGUAUAUUUAAAGACAUCGGAUUAGAUGGUUCUACAGUGAGUAAUGGUACUCAAAACACCCAAUCUGAAUAACUUUUGUCUUCUAGGUUUUAAGUCUGAUAGGUUCGAGUACGAGAGGAAAUUUAGCUGCAACGAAGUGGACCUCUUUGUUAAAGCUUUAAAGGGGCCCCCACGAACAAAAUCAGGUUGCUCUCAAGAGGGCGACAUUUUUCAGUGAGAUGGAAGCACAGAGAUCCUUGUAUUCAUUUGCUCUGAGACAGUGAACACGGACAAACAUAGUGGUGACACUGGAACUGUGGAUGGAGGAAGUGGGGAACGACAGUGUUCUAAUUGUUUCAUUCUGAACAGAUCAAGUGUAUGUAAAUUACACCAAAAAGUUAACUUUGACAAGUAAAACCAAAUUUUUAUUGUUAUUUUUA